GAGUAAACUGAGCUCCAAUUUCAGCAAUGGCGAGCUUGGUGAGCUUAUCAUCUCCUUCAUUCUUGUCUCUAAGAUGUCCACCUCGUUCCAUUUCCUAUUACUCCCAAGGCAGAAUUGACUUCGCCAGGAACGGUUGGGGUUGCCGGAGACUUCUGGUGCUUCCGGCGAAGUGCUCGAGUUCGGGACCGAGUGGUGAAGAUGCCGAUUCGGAAGCUGAAACGACGACUUCCGUGUCUUCUUUUUCUUCUUCGUCUGUGAGUAAUUUGACAUACAAGUGGUGUGCGGGGCUUGGAGGCAUAGGCUUUGUUGAGACGACGUACUUGACGUACCUCAAGCUCACGAAUUCUGAAGCCUUUUGCCCGACCGGAGGAGGCAAUUGCGGCGACAUCCUCAACAGCGAUUACGCUGUCGUUUUUGGUGUUCCUCUUCCAUUGUUAGGAAUGGUUGCAUAUGGGUUAGUUGCGGCACUUGGUCUACAGUUAACAAGAAAGAAUCUUCCCUUUGGAAUGGGUGAAUCCAAUGGUCGUUUAAUUCUACUUGGAAGCACUACUUCCAUGGCAGCUGCCAGUGCGUAUUUUUUGUACAUUCUAGGAACAAAAUUUUCGGGAGCGUCAUGCUCAUACUGUCUAAUGUCAGCUUUGUUGUCGUUCAGCUUAUUUUUCAUUACUCUAAAGGAAUAUGAGUUGCAAGAGAUACAAAAAGUGGUGGGUUUACAGCUAUUUAUAGCUAGCUUGGUAUUCGUGACCCUAAACAGCUCAUACAGUACUUCUCAACCUGUCUCCACAAGCCUGGCCGAACUUGACCUGCCAUACUUUACAACUGAGAUCACAACAACUUCAAAUUCUUUUGCUCUUUCUCUUGCAAAGCAUCUGCGCUCUGUGGGAGCUAAAAUGUAUGGGGCUUUCUGGUGUUCACAUUGUGUAGAACAAAAACAGAAGUUUGGACGAGAGGCAGCAAAGCUGUUGGACUAUGUAGAAUGCUUCCCUGAUGGAUAUAGGAAAGGAACAAAAAUGAUAAAGGCAUGCACAGAUGCUGGAAUUGAAGGUUUCCCGAUGUGGGCGAUUAAUGGUCAGGUUUUGAGUGGUGAACAAGAAUUGUCAGAGCUGGCACAGGCAUCUGGGUUUCAGUUCAAUGAAUUGAGUGAGACCACUUAGAUCGACACGUUGUGGUUAUAUCGUAGCACAUGCCACAUGUACAGCAUAUAGAUGACUUGUUUCUCACUUACAAAAUAUGCAUGUUUCCUCGAUCUAUUGAUUACGGCCUUCGGAGCCUGAGAUUGCUUGUUUAAGUUUUCUCUUAUAAUUGUUGUUUCUUACAACUUCUGUACAAAAGGAAGCAAUGGGAGGGAUAGGUGUUUGAGAACAUGUCCCAAAUUCAAAAAUUCUCUGGGAACCUCGGCCAAUCAAAAAUAGCAUCCGAAAAUUGGUGA